AUGUUCCCAUGGGCGACCAAGACUGGGGGCGCGCAUCCGACGUUCACGGAGCUCUUCGAGCGAGGGGUCUCCUCUAUCGAGGGCAAGGUCCGCUGCAAGCACUGCGACGCCAGCAAAACCAUCUCCUACGAGAUUACAGCCAAGUUCGAGGAGCUGUUCGGCUUCAUCGUUCGCAAUGUGGACGCCAUGAAUGACCGCGUGCCGUCGGAGUGGAUGUACCCGGCGCUACCGGACUGCGACAAGUGCGGGCAGAAGAACAACUUGUGCCUCGUGAUUGCGCCCGAGCACGAAUGGAGGAUCAACUGGAUGUUUUUGCUGCUCCGCCAAACACUGAGGCUCUACAUGCUAGGGCAGCUGAAGAACUUCUAUGCCGUACCAGGCUGCACCGCACCGGCGCCAAGGAUAAAACGGACUUCGCGGGAGCGGAUGACGAGACUAUUACUAAUGAACCUUCGUCGACACCUCUGGCUCGAGUAG